CCUGCCGAUCUGGAUUGCUUGGCCAAGUUGAACGGCAAGAUCCCAGAUAUGCAGAAAUUGCCCUCCACCUACCGCUGGGCGCUCCACAUCCACGCACUCCAAAGGCAGCGGCCUUUCGCCUUCUCCGCACAUAAACCGCAAGGCGGAAACAACAAGCCAGGGUCCGCGGCGCAGAUGAACAACAAAAACAAUGCCUCAUCAUCUACCGGCGGCGGUGCCAAGGGGAAGGACGAAGCAAAUAUUGAAGGCAAGUUGCCGAACGCUGUCAUGGGCAAAGUGUGCACGCGAUUCCCCCCCGAGCCCAGUGGUUACAUGCACAUCGGCCACGCUAAGGCCGCGCUGCUGAACAACGCUUAUGCGCGCAUGUAUGAGGGAAAGCUUAUCAUCCGAUUCGACGACACGAACCCCAGCAAGGUAAGUAGUCUACAGCGCCGAUUUUGUCUUUGCUGUGGUCCGCCAGGAAUGAUCUAAAAAAUCCGCUUCAGAGUUUGAUUUUUUCGCUGCGGCCAACCAUGCAUUGGUUUUCUUUUCUGAUACAUUCUCCUCUUUGUUUUACUUUUAUCUCCUCUUCAGAAGGGAAGAAAAUAUGAAAGAAAAAGGGAGUAUGCGAUGCUUGAUUUUUCUCAACACCAGGAAAAGCAAGAGUUCGAGGACACGAUAUUGGAGGAUAGCAAAAGCCUGGGCAUUGUUCCGGACUUCGUGAGUCACACCUCGGACUACUUUCCCAAGCUGCAGGAACUGAUGGAGAAGUUGCUGAAGAACGGUGACGCGUACGUAGACGACACUCCCGUCGAGAAGAUGCGCGACGAGCGUGACAACGGCGUGGAAAGCGCAUGCCGGAAGUUCAGUGUCGAGAAAAAUUUAGAGCUUUGGAAGGAAAUGCUCGCCGGGACCAAGACCGGCCUGACCUGCUGUGUCCGCGGAAAAAUGAACAUGAAGGACCCAGUCAAGUGCCUCCGCGACCCCGUCUUCUACCGCUGCAAAACCGACGUGCCCCAUCACAGGUAAGUGACACUGUAGUUGGGUUUUAUUUUUUUCGAUCCUUUCGAAUUCGAUUCUUGCCCUUGCGUCACAGGAGCUGCUGCCUCCGCACAACGAAGAUUGUAUCUAUAGAUACGUAGCACAUAUUAUUUUCUUUCACUUUCUACAUCUACAUUUUUCGAUGAGACAUCGCCACCGCUCUGGCCAACUAAAUCGACUAUACUAUCCGAGAUUUAAGUAUUCAUUUUCAACGACAUAAUUCUAUUGCUUUUCACUCUCCCUAGGCACGGCACGAAGUACAAGGCUUACCCAACCUACGACUUUGCGUGCCCGAUUGUGGACGCGAUCGAGGGCGUGUCGCACUCCCUGCGGACCAUCGAGUACGGUAUUGCGAGGAGAUUUUUAAGCUCGUCCUCGUGCAAGGUUCUCGUGCACGAGGUCGGCGCCACCAAAAGCUCCGGCUUCCUUUUCUUGGUGCUGCCCCAUGACAAGCGCUGUCCGCUUUCCCGGACACCGCCCGGUGCAGUAAGGUAAUGAAAUGAAAGUAGCGACACCUGUGCGGAUCAGGUGCAGUAGAGAUGCUCGGCACGUAGCGCGACCGGGGGAGGUAGUUUGGUUAGUUUACUAGUAGGGUGAGAGGUGCAAUGAUUUAUCGACUCUCUGUUUUUGUUCUUCGCCAAAAGCUAAGUUGUAAGAAACCUCACAGCGCGCAGUUCUGAAAAACAGAAAAGUUAAAGAAAAGAAGCUGUGGAAAAAGUUCCUUAUGAACUUGGGCAAAAAAACGUAGCUUAAGCAGCAGGAGUUUGUAUGCGCUGCACCCAGCCCCGCCGAGUUACAUAAUCGCCCCAGAGGGUUAAGGUGAAGGUUAGCUUGGUCCACUAGUCGUAAGAAACUGAUACAAAUAGGUAGCUUAAUGGGCAUGCGCUCCUGCCCGGUUUGGCGUCCACACUGGCAUUUGGUAGUCGCGUGCCCGUGGUGCAUAGCGUUGCGUCGUUCCCUGCCCCGGUCUAGUGAGCCACAUGCGAAGAGGCCACCGCCAACCACCACCCGCCGAAGUGAAUAAAUUGCAAUUGUAAUUGCGAGCAGAUUUUUAAGCUCGUCCUCGUUCAAUGUUCUCGUCCUCUAUUGAAAACUAUUGUGCGUAUCCAUUAUCUAGCUCAAGGGAGCUACUAAACUAGAUAGAUAAUGUAGCUAGGUAAUGAAGUAGAAGUAGGGUCUCCGGCUCCGGCUGUUGCCGCUGCACUGCCGAAAACCAGGCGAAGCUGAAGCGGGCGCCCUUCCACUUGAAGGCGCUCGCGAUCACUAAUAGCGCCGCGUGCAUGGCCCGCCCGAAGGCGGAGGGGAUAACCAUCGAGCCCGGAUGCGGAAACCUGUAGGACGCGAUCGAACAGUUUUCAACCCCACAGGAUGCGAUCGAUGCGGCGGCACAUGCUAAAGAGGACAUUCUGCGGAUUUUUCGCGCACAGACACUAGCGCUCGCCUGUCACGCUUCUCUUUUUUAUAGUCGUAGGGAACGGUAGAAAAAUAGAUCCAGAGCUUCCUUUUCAAGCGGGACUCCGGGAAUUUCCAAGGAUAUGUGGUAGAGAUCUUAUGACUUUUGGCUUUUGCCGAUGUUAUAGGCCCUCUCAAGUCAGUUUGAACACCCUACGUCUGUUUGCUUUCACCAAAGAGUGAAGAGUUCGAAGUUUAGCAAAACAAGAGUAAGCUGAGACUGUUAGCGAGGAGCGAGGAUCGUAAACCGCAGCUGCGACGUUCUUUACCUCUUAAAACCUUAAAAAACAAAAAAGAGUUCUGGAAAGUAAGAAGGUCCUACCGCUCUAGGUUGCUACUUACCGAAGUAACGAAGUCUCUAGCGAAGUUAGUUGUCCCGUUUUAGCUGGUCCAUCACGUAAGCUUUUCACAUCUUUCCUAUAUAAUUAUUUUUCGCUUUUUCCAGUAAAAAUUUCUCUACCGCCGCUUUCGAGCGAGCAUUCAUGAACACUCUUUCGAGUGCUUCUUGAAACACUACUUGUACUUGUACUGCGAGGAGAUUUUUAAGCUCGUCCUCGUGCAAGGUUCUCGUGCACGAGGUCGGCGCCACCAAAAGCUCCGGCUUCCUUUUCUUGGUGCUGCCCCAUGACAAGCGCUGUCCGCUUUCCCGGACACCGCCCGGUGCAGUAAGGUAAUGAAAUGAAAGUAGCGACACCUGUGCGGAUCAGGUGCAGUAGAGAUGCUCGGCACGUAGCGCGACCGGGGGAGGUAGUUUGGUUAGUUUACUAGUAGGGUGAGAGGUGCAAUGAUUUAUCGACUCUCUGUUUUUGUUCUUCGCCAAAAGCUAAGUUGUAAGAAACCUCACAGCGCGCAGUUCUGAAAAACAGAAAAGUUAAAGAAAAGAAGCUGUGGAAAAAGUUCCUUAUGAACUUGGGCAAAAAAACGUAGCUUAAGCAGCAGGAGUUUGUAUGCGCUGCACCCAGCCCCGCCGAGUUACAUAAUCGCCCCAGAGGGUUAAGGUGAAGGUUAGCUUGGUCCACUAGUCGUAAGAAACUGAUACAAAUAGGUAGCUUAAUGGGCAUGCGCUCCUGCCCGGUUUGGCGUCCACACUGGCAUUUGGUAGUCGCGUGCCCGUGGUGCAUAGCGUUGCGUCGUUCCCUGCCCCGGUCUAGUGAGCCACAUGCGAAGAGGCCACCGCCAACCACCACCCGCCGAAGUGAAUAGAUUGCAAUUGUAAUUGCGAGCAGAUUUUUAAGCUCGUCCUCGUGCAAGGUUCUCGUCCUCUUGCAAUUAAGCUCGUGCUAUUGAAAACGGUUGGAAGCGGAAUCACGUUAUCAACCUGGGAUCACGUUUAUGGAAUCAGGUUUAGGAUAGGAUCAGGUUAGUGAUAGGAUCAGGUUAGUAGAAUCAAGUUAGUGCAAUCAAGAAGAAGGAAGGAGCCAGGUGCUGUCGAAGCAUCACCGACUGCCGCCGUCAGGUAAGUCUUUCCUUUGAUACUCCGUAGGUCUCAUGUCCUGUGAUGUUGGUUCCGUUUCUCCUUAUUUCGGAGGUAAGGAUAACGAAAGAAGAAAAUUAGUCCGGGCCUUGUUCCCCGUUCUCGACCUGCGUCUUCGGCCAAAGACAUGGGCAUCAUCCGCGUUGCCGGUUUUCGGGACAUGACCUGUGGAGCGGACCGGGUGGAGCGGCCAGGUAUUUUCAAAUAAAGCACAUCACAGAUUGAUGACUAUUCGC